ACCUAAUCAAGGAACAAUGUCUAACAACCUGUGCAAGUUCAUUAGUUGUUGUGAGCCAGUGUAUGUGAUGGUCGUUAGGCAGUGUACUUGGUGUUAUAAUGCAUAUGUUUGUCACAAUUGAACAACAAUGAUUCCACGACACGAGUUUAAAUAUCAUUCGGAUCAAGACAUUAGAUAUGAUCCUAUGAACAGCAAUCAUGGAAAAAUAAGCCUUCAUUGCAACAAACAAAGAUACAAACUGUGUACUGCUGUUCUGAUUGUUGUUACAACAGUUGAAUUUAUCGUCAUCUGCAACAUACUAACACGGCCUGAUGACUGUCAACGUCCACAAAAUGAAACGAACGCAGGGACGCCGCCGACGGUACUGUCCAUACAACAUGUCAAUGAGGAAAACAAUGUUACCGACCCCGAACCUAUAAACUCUCUGUGUUUCCCUUGUGCUGAAGUUGGAAGGAACAUCACAAAUAAUGACACGGGGAACAUUAUCAAACUGGACAAAAAAACAAAUAUGUGCUGCAUGGAAGACGUAGGGAAUUUGAAAAAGUUGUUCCUGUUGAUCAUCAACGAGUACUAUAGGAACGUCGUGGACAGUUCAGCUACGGACUAUCAAGGUCCAGAGGCAAACAACUCGACCAACACAGAGGACCCAAGCGAAGCUGUUGGAGCGGUUGCUGGAUAUGUAGGAGGGUCGGGCCAUGGACCUUCAACAUCGGCUAUACCAGCAUUCAGGAAAAAGAGGGAGGUCGCUGCUCAUAUGUUUCUUGACAACAAGCAGCUGAGAAGUUCAAAUUCAACUGCGCCUAGGAUCCCCUGGGAAGGACAUGACUACCACAACCUGUCGAUGACCAGCCAACUACUGGUGUACGACCCCGACAAACGGAGUAUUCAGGUCAAACAGUACGGCCUGUAUUUCGUCUACUCCUCCAUCACAUUCCAGACACCACCAACCGAUCUGAAUGCACAGGUAUACCAUAUGCUAUUACGGGAACACUACCUCCUGCCAAACACAGGGGCGAUCAUGAUGAUGAUGAAUAAAUAUGGCGGAGGAAAGCAGUCAAGUGGCUUCUACACAAGCUUCCUCUGCGGCGUAUUUAAGUUACAUGCGGGUGAUGAAAUCUUCGUGAAAGUCUCAAAUGUCUCCUUCCUGUACCACUUCCAUUAUUCUAACUAUCUUGGUCUAUAUAGGUUGUCUCUUGCAUAAGUUUUAACACAAUUCGAAAUAGACAUGGGCGGUGAACAGGGACCUGAGAGUCAACUACAUCGUUUACAUCUGAACCAAUCAUGAUGUGUACUGAAAAUCAUUAAAAGUUUAAGGGGUUUCGAUCAACAUAGGAUGAAAUGCUAUCCUAAAUUAUGAUAAAAAUGUAAGUGAAAAUGUUAGAAAUCUCAUGAAAUUUUACAAUAGUAUCCUGCCAACUGUCCUGCUGCAAAUGUUACAUUUCUGGUUGCUGUAGAAGAGACGCUUGGCAUCGAUAGGAAGAUGGACACAUUUUCUUUCAAUAACCUUCUAAUACAGGUAAAUGUGUUUUUUUCAGCACAGGAAUUAGCAUCGUUUCCUUUUAAAUCACACGUCAAUCCCUUGUUUAAGGCAUCGUGUAGAAGUUGUAAUUGAUUCUCAUCCGCCCUCUGUGGACACCAUCUAAAUAUAACACUCUCUAAAGAUGUGAAACCACAGUAAAACAGACUGUAUCAAGUACUUCUCCUAAACCAAAAAAAACGCGAAUGAAUACCGUUAAUGUAACGUGCACUUUUCAUCAGAUGGUUACGAUUUAGACGAGGGUAGGUAUUGGCUCGCCGUAUAGGUCAAGCAUAUCUUUCCGAACGAGUUUGUUACGGAAACUGGUAUUUACUGUGUCUUUGACACAGUGUCGGUCAGAGAUACUAGCAUAUAAUAGCAAAGUAUAUAUAGUGAAACGGUAGCUAUGAUCUCUAUGACAUACUGUACUACUGUGUGCUAUCUGGCAUGAGCUUCAAAUUACUCACUCUAUCACUCCGAGAUCGUGGGAAAAGGAAGUAAUAUCUGAAAGGGUAAAGUAUCUUUCCGAUGACACGGCGGUUUCCCAUGUGAUUUUUCUUAUGAGAUAAGCAACGUUUCUUCACUUUACCGCGUUAUUUUACGAGUUAUUCAGAGUAGCUAUUUGCACCACCACGUUAAAAGACAAUGCACACGACGUUAACAAAAUAUAAGUAUUACUUGUACAAACACGUCUUUCUUGACGCGAGCCGGAUAUUGCCUUUGAUGAGUUGCUGGAAGAAGCGUUGGUGCUGACGUAGUUAUCAGUAGCGAUAUACCUAAUGACACGUGCAUCGCGACAACAGGUUGGAUUAGUGUAUACCCUGCAGUACCUGGUGCAGAUCUCUUCGAAUUCGGUGUUGAGAAUUUAUUCAUAAAUAGUUUGACCGUGCGACUCCUCUUUGGAGACUCAGGAUCUUCGGCAACUGUAUUAACUAAGGUUUGAUCCGACGGAAUAGCGUUUGUAGUGAACGUCCAAUGAAAGGACGUGUCUAAUAUUGGUAGCGUAAAUCGUGGAUCUGUAGGCUAGAGGAAACUCACUUUUUCUAUUUUGAAGCACACUCUGUCUUAACGCGAGGAUUUAUCGCCCUACUUAAUUGCUUGUUCACGACUUUUCGCCGACUUUUUGUAUGCUGAUAUCCUGACGCACACGUCAUGUGAUUAUACAUUAACUUGCAUAAAUAUUUUGAACUCAGCCGCUAAGAAAAUUAUUCCAUCAUCGACCAGAUUGGAGUAAUGACAUAAAUCGUCUUUGAAAAAAGCAUGAUGAUGUUGACCGAACUGAUUAUCUGCGUCACUUCCUUACAAAUGCCACUGAUGGCAUUCCCAUGGAGGAGAUGUAACGUAAGAAAUUGUGUUUGGGCAGUUUGGUAUAAAUCUAACAACAAAGCACAAAGUAUUGAUUUUCGGAACAUGAUACGGACUACUUCAUGAUGUGAGCCUGAUAUCAUUUUAUGAUAACCUUUGUCAAAACGAUGAUACAAAGAUGCGUGACACAGAUGGUCUUCU